AGCUCUUUCUAUCCGGCGCCUGAGAAUGGGUAUCUCUAGGGACAACUGGCAUAAACGCCGCAAGACCGGCGGCAAACGCAAACCCUACCACAAGAAGAGGAAGUAUGAACUGGGUCGUCCCCCUGCAAACACCAAGAUCGGACCUCGCCGUAUUCACACGGUGAGGACCCGCGGUGGCACCAAGAAGUACCGUGCUCUGAGGGUCGAUGUGGGUAACUUCUCAUGGGGCUCUGAGUGCAGCACUCGUAAGACCAGGAUCAUUGAUGUGGUGUUCCAUGCCUCCAAUAACGAGUUGGUGAGAACCAAGACCUUGGUGAAGCACUGCAUCGUUCUCGUCGACAGCCUGCCUUACAGGCAGUGGUAUGAGGCCCACUUCGCCACUCCUCUGGGACGCAAGAAGGGAGCCAAGCUGACUCUCGAGGAGGAAGAGGUGAUUAACAAGAAGAGGUCAAAGAAGAUCCAGAAGAAGUUUGACGAGUGUAAGAAGAACUGCAAGAUCAGCCCUCUCCUGGAAGAACAGUUCAUCCACCCGGCCAGUGCGGCAGGGUGGAUGGCUACGUGUUGGAGGGCAAGGAGCUGGAAUUCUACCUGAGGAAGAUCAAAGCCAAGAAGGGCAAAUAGAUCAGCUGUUUGAUACCAUGUCAAUAAAAACACAAAAGUCCC